GGUCUUAAGCAUGCAGAUCGGACCCCGAGAAUAUAGUCAAGACUGGGACAAGAGCCGCUGCCCUACAGCUAGCUGCCUUGGCACGUCUGAGAUGUGUACACGGCAGAUCGGCCCGAAGCGCCGACUUCACAGCAUACAAAGACAAGAUCCCCGCGUCUGAACAAGACAACCGCCGAUUUAUUGCACUCGCCAGCCACACAUCUUAUACAGCCCUACAUCUGAGAUACCAUCUCAAAGACUCCUGCCGAAACCACCCACUCACAAUGCCCUCCACGCCCAAUACCGACUACACCUGGAAACCCGUCUCCCGCACGCGGUGGGAACGACCCACCGACGAAGCGGAGCAAUUCUACACCUCCCUCGCUAAAGCCCACGAAGGCACCGGCCGCACCUUCUUCGCCAUGACCGGCUUCAUCGCCCUCUCCCUCCCCAUCGCAGCGGAAAGCUCCCGCCCCGAGAUCGAGACAAGAAUGGAGGACGCGCUGCGCAAGGCCUGGCUCCAGUUGCGGUACGCGCAUCCCACGAUCGCAUCGCGGGUGGAGUACUCGCGCCUCGAGGGCCGGUGCAAGAAGGUGUACGAGACGUUUUCGAGCUCCUGCAUGCAGGAAGACUGGCUGGAUCGGACCUUUUGUGUGGUCGACGAAGGUGUUACGGGGAUAGAAUGGUGUAACUGCGACCCGCCAGUGCCGGAGCUGCCGACCUUGUUUCUGAUAAAGACCCCCUAUCGGGACGAGGGACGCAUUCGGGCGGAUGUGGUGCUCCGAGCGCACCAUGAUAUCAUUGAUGGGGUGGGGACGUUAAUGCUGUUUGAUAAUCUCCUGGGUCAUGCGGCGCGCGCGUAUGAGGAGCAGUCUGCGUAUGAACUGCCGCGGUUUGGCGGGGAGUGGGUGAACCUGAGCCCGUCGCUGCGGGUGGCGGCGUCUAUUCCGGCACAGAUGAUGCCUGCGCAGGAGGAACGCAUGCGUGAAGUCCUGGAGUUCAAUGCUGGCUUGAGGAGAGGAGUAGAGGUCGCUAGUGUGCCGUUCAAGCAGGAUUCAGCAUUGCCUGGGAGGCAUCAAAGGGUGGCGAUUACGCUCGCAGCGGAGACUACGAAACGGUUGUUGGAGACUUGCAGGGCUGCGCGGUUGAGCAUCACGCAUGCAUACCACACUGCCGUCGCUCUCUGCGUGCGUGACGCCCAGGACCGGCGGCCGACUGAGCGGAUGGUGCGGUAUGUGAAUUACAGUCUCAUCAACGAGCGCAGCCGUUGCGCCGAGCCGUACAGUACCCCUGCGCAUCCGGCGGCUGUCUACCACUCUGUCUCGGGACGAGGACUCGCAGUCGACCUCGUUGUGCCUGCAUCGUCUGAUUCCGCGGAUGUCGCCGCCGAUAGUACACGGAGGCAUGAGUUCAAGGAGACAGCGGGCACAAUCCGGGAUUUCUACCUCGGCAUCCGUGAUGACGCAGAGCAUAUCAACCUUGUGCCUGCGUACUGGGCGAUGUCCACGCUCUCCUACCCGGCGGAUGGGAAGACUCCACCCGUACCCCCGCGAAAUGAAACACCUUCGGUGUCGAUCUCUAGCAUGGGGGUUCUGGACAGCAUGAUCCAGCACAGGCACGGGGACUUUGAGGUAGAUGAUCCGUGGGUGACCGGAGAGGAAUUGGGAACGGGGCUUGGUUUGUUCCUUGGGACCUGGAAGGGGAGAUUGACACUUAGUGCAGCGUACAAUGAGGCGUUUCAUGAGCAGAAGGAGGUAUUGGAGUUUCUGCAGAAGUGUAAUGGCCAGACAAUUCGGGGCUUAGGUGUUGAGCAACAGGAUUGAGACAAUAUAGAGAAAAUGAGCGGCUGGUAUAUGGAGGAUAUCGACACGGUGAGCGACGUAUCGGUUGAAGCGUGGAGAGACAAGUUCGGCGGUGCACAAGGCACGCGUCCGACUUUUCGAAACUCAAAUCUAUCGCUAAUUUACAGAGAUAACCGGUCACGAUUGUGGCGGUAAGAUGCAUGCUUAUAUGCUUAGAAGUUUGCCGCGACCUCCUGGGUCUGCAAACAUCGAACAUAGAGAUUCUUCAAAAGAUAAGACAAGCACAGGUAACUGUGAUCGGGAAACCGUCCGCCCAGCGCCAAAAGCUUCGGUUGCUUGCUGUGGCGCACGUCCGCUUGCGUCUUUAGAUCCCACGGUAGUCCUGUCAGCGUAAUUUGCUGGUCCCUGAGAGUAAGUCACAGAUACAAAAAUGUAUCGAAAUCUUCGG